UUUAAUAUGGUGUACGAAAUAGGGUUUGAAUCGGCUGUAUAAAUAUUAUAACCCUAAGGCGGUUUUCACUCUUCCAUUCCCUCCGGAGAAAACCCUAAUUCUUAAAUCAUCCAGAAGAGAUCCUCUCAGUCUCAGAGAAAUGGCGAAGUCGAAGAACCACACUGCGCAUAACCAGUCACACAAGGCUCACAGGAAUGGAAUCAAGAAGCCCAGGAGGCAUAGACACACCUCCACCAAAGGGAUGGAUCCCAAGUUCUUGAGGAACCAGAGGUAUGCUAGGAAGCACAACAAUCAGGCUGGUGGAUCAGCUGCCGAGGAGGAAGAGUAAUCAAUGAAAAUUAUGAAACUAUGAGUUUUUUUUAGUUGUGUAGCUUAUGAUAUCUCGUUUUUUUUUUGGAUCAAGAUGUAAUGAAUGCUAGACUAGUUCUUCCUUUGCCGUGAAACAAUUUUCCUGCUCGCAGGAAGCGAUGAUUUGGGGUGACUAAUUAAUGUUUUCAAUUGUCUGAAUCUAUUCCUUUCUGUGAAA